AUGGUUAGAACAAGAGGUUUAGCUCGUGCCUUAGGUAGUGGUACAGACAGAGGCAUGGGUCGGGAUGAGCAUGAUGUUGAUGUUCCUUGGCGUCAUAGACCUACCUCUUCUGCCCUUCCUCCUCAAGUGACUGAGGAUAUUCCUCAUGUGAUUGAGAAUGUUCCUCAUGUGGACGAGGACAUUUCGACUGCGGAGGUAGAUGCUGCAGACGUAGCUGCUGAUGGUGCUGAGGGAUCACCUGCUGAGCAUGGCGAGGGAUUCCCUGGUGGGCCACGUGACACAUCAUUGCUGACAUCGUUUGUUGACCAUGUGGCAUAUAGUAUCUGGCGUAGCGAGGAACGACCUGAGUUGAAGCUGGUCUCCCACGGUAGGAAAGUUGAUAAAUUUGGGAGUCCAGCACCUGAGAUUGAAGGCCUUGUUGCCGGCACCGGAAUAAGUCCAUUGAUCGGGUGUUAUGUGGUCAUCGGCGAUCCUGGACUUAUAUCUGCAUUUGCGGAGAGGUGGCAUAGGGAGACCAGCACCUUCCACCUUCCAGUGGGGGAGUUGACGAUCACACUGGAUGAUGUGGCGUGUCUCCUUCAUCUUCCUAUCAUAGGGGCAUUACACAGGUUUGAGCCUCUGGGCGUGGACGAGGCGGUCUUGCUGUUGAUGGAGCUUUUAGAGGUAUCCGGCGAGGAGGCUCGAGCUGAGACCGUACGUGCUUAUGGGGAUUACAUGUGA